AUGGACAUAAAUAACAAUAAUAAUAAUAAUCAAUACUGUAAUAUAUCGAUGAGCAAACAAUUACAGUAUGGAGACAAGUCAGAUAAACUAUUUACAAGACUCUAUGAUUUGAUUGGCCAAUCUAAAGUAACUAGUAUAAAGGAGUGUAUGACUUUAAAACAUCGAAUACCAACCAAUAUUACCUCACUAUCUUUCGAGCAUUUUUUUAAUGAACCAUUGUUCAAAGGUUGUUUUCCACCAAAUCUGGAGAAGCUGAAACUUCACGGUAAUUUCAAUCAGAGGAUUGAAGUAGGUGCAUUACCUGAUACUCUGGAGAGUUUCGAGGUUAAUACACUCAACCAAAUAUUGGAACCUGGAGUAUUACCAACUUCACUGAAGGUCUUUAAGAUCUUGGAGUAUGCACCCAAUAACUAUCUCAAAGUUGGAUCAUUAACACCAAAUCUACAGGAAUUCGUUCACCAUGGCAAAGAUAUCUAUAUUGAUUCAAACGUACUACCAAACUCUUUAAUAAAACUACAUAAUGCGCCAGUGUCGUGGAUGAUGUCAAUCAAGAAUCUCGAGAAUCUUCGAUCACUAAAUUUCACAUGUCCAGGAAUUAUUCCAAACUCUGUGAAUAAUCUUUUCAUUCAAGAUCGAAGAGAUGACAUUGUUAUUCCAGAAGGAAUUCUCCCAGACUCUGUUCAAAACAUAAAAUUAUCACAAGUUUUAUUUCCAACGAUAAAAAUGGUUGACAACAUUUCCUUUGAAGAUUACCUUAAUAAUAAGAGUUGCAACAUUAGAAAACUUGAUGAUCAAUAUUACAUUGUAUUUGGUCAUAACUAUAACAAGUUCAUCAAGUUUAUUCCACAAAUCAAUGUUUUUAGACAGAGUUAA